UUGUCAACAGCGACUCUGCGUCAACUGCCUCUCUCGACAGUUCUUUUUUCCACAGUGUGUGUACUCCUUGAAGCUCAGACUCGCAAAAAAUGGUGGGUGUUUUCCAGCUGUGCCUCCUAACGUGCCUGCUUUGCUUGUUGAAGGGCAGUGACGCCAUCCAGCUUCGCCAGCAUCGAAAUGGAUUGGGUGUCGAGCAGAGCUUUGUAUCUGAAGAAACUGAUAUCGUCGGAGGACGCAUUUCUUCCCUGCAAGCCGAGUUGGACUCCUACUGCCACAAUCGGUACAAGCAACUCUGCGACGGCGGCAACAAAAAAUUCUGUGACAAAACUGGUGUCGCUCGCUACGGCACGGGGAUCCAGAGCCAGCAGACUGCCGAAUGGAGAUGCUACUUUGCGGAGGUUUUGAAACCCUCAGGCCGCAAGGUGCAGUGUGUCGAUGACUGCGGGAAUUAUUUCCCCUGUUUGGGAGUUGUGGAUCCGAACGACACUUUCCACGCGACUGCACAUAAUCAGAUUUUGAAUUUCAUCAAGGAUGGAGUUGAAAAGCACUGCAGUCCAUUCCAAAUGGCUGGCAACAAUUAUUGCCAGGGCGUUCUUGCGGACACAGUCGCCCGCAAAGACACGGGCACCGCAUCUCAAAAGGCGAAAGCGUGGCGCUGCUAUAAGAAAGACAGUCUCACGUACGAGGCUAGAUCCAUUUGCGUGGACAACUGCGGCGGUGAAAUAGAAUGCCCUGGCGGACGUUCAGAAACCUCUGGAGAACUACUCAGUCAGCAUUAUACUAGGGAAAAAGAGCUGCAGAAAGUGAUCGAGUCACAAAGUGCCCCCUGCCAUGACGCAUGCGUUGCGACACCCAUCAACCCACCAAUUUGCGCCGACACUGAGAGUCUCCUGCAAAGUACCAAACGCAGCAGAGCACAGAGAUUCAUCGAUGACGCGUGCCAGAAACUGUUCAACUGCCACUGCAAAAAAGACAAGAAAUUCUGCACGACUGUAGUCGCCCGCAAGGAUCGAGGUCGCGCAGGCAGUCAAAAUGAUGCUGAGUGGCGCUGCUAUUCUUUAGAAGAGUUGGACUUUCAAAAAACAAACCCGUCGUGCAUUGAUGAGUGCGGAAAUGAACUGCCGUGCCAAGGCGCAGUACCAGAAGAGUCUACUCACCACAUAACGUGGACCAAGUUGCCGUCUAAAAUUGACGAAGCUACGCAAAAGUUCUGCACUGAACGACAAAGAGCUGCGAAUGACUAUUGCGCGUCAGAGUUCGCAGACAGUCUGGCGCGAUAUGGACCCGGCGCGGGGGACCAAACCAGUCAAUUUCGGUGUAUUAAAAAGGCGGCAAUGCGUGCAGAUGCCGAAGGGCAAUGUGCCGAUUCCUGCAAAGGAACGGAAACGUGCGGAGGCGGUCGAAGCAGACUUGAUGGCCCUCUCUCAGUUGAUGACGUUUUGAAUGCUCACGAGGGUAUUUCAGAGGCUAUGAAAAGCGCCUCGACAGAGUGCUAGAAGUCAUGUAGGGGCCACCGUUCCUCACAGCGCAUGCGUCGACGCCCGCGGCAUUUGUUCUUUCGCUACGGACCCUCAACUACUUGACAGUCCGGCGGCACGUGCGAGUUGGGCUUUAAUGCAGCGAUGGUACACAAGUGUUAGUGGAGCACUUCAGCU